GUUUGGGGAUCUGUGCAUUUUUUAAUGGUUUCUAAUAGUAUCUCAGUAAGGAUUGAACACAUUUUCUGGUCACAACUAUGUCAGUCCAUCUCGGUUGCACACAUGCUUUGUGAAUUUCACCUGGAAAUCUUUGGAUUGUUGUUAUCAACAUGUCAUAUUUGAGUGGACAUGUGAGCACGGAGGAGACCCUGAGCCUGACUCCUGACAGCAUGGACUCCAACGAGCCGGCAACCCCAAGCGAGAUGAAGCCUCGGGUGAUGGGUUUGAUCCUGAGCAUCGCCUCCUGCCUCAUCAUCUCCACCAACCUGCUGGUGGCAGCCGCUCUACUAAAGCUGCUCCUGAAGAAGAGAAGCCAGAGCUGGUGCUUCGUCCUUAACCUGGCACUAGCCGAUGCCCUGGUGGGCGUGGCCAUCACUGGCCUGGCCACAGAGGACUUCACCAGCAACAGCAUCAGUCAGAACCAGCAGAAGUAUGCCACUGCUGGUCCUCCCACAAACUCCACACCUCCUGCUCAGGGCAAGACGCGGUGUUUGAUGCGGAUGGCUUUCGUGACAUCGCCCUGCACAGCAUCCAUCAUGUCCAUGUUCCUGAUCUCACUUGAUAGGUAUGCAGCCAUCAAGAUGCCCCUCCGGUACUCCCAGCUGUCUGGAAAGGGGACAGCAGUCACAUCUCUGUUGGCUCUGUGGAUCAGCUCCCUGACAAUGGGAUUCUUGCCAGUUAUGGUACGGCAGCUGCAGACAGACGUGUACCGCGGCUUCUGUGCCUUUUUCUCCGUCAUCCACAAGGUGGGCAUGAUCGUGUUAUUCAGCGUGUGCUUCUUCCCCGUGCUCUCUGCAUUCGUUUACAUCUACCUGGACAUCCUGAAAAUUGCCUGCAGCCACCAGAGACAGAUUUGUCAAAUCAGGCAGGCUGGUUCCAGGACGGCCGACAGCCAUGGCCAUCAUCAUUACGAGCAUCAUCACCAGCAGCUGAGGAGCCACUACUGGAGCCACGUCAAGGCCCUGAGGACGGUGGGGGUGCUAGUUGGUUGCUUCUUGGUCCUGUGGUGCCCCUUCUUUGUGGUGUGCAUCGUGCACCUUCUGUGUGAAAGCUGCAAACUCACUAACGUUUUGGAGAAUUAUCUGUGGCUGUUGGGACUGUCCAACUCGCUGAUCAAUCCCCUGGUGUACGCCUUCUGGCAGAGGGAGGUGCGGCUGCAGUUGGCAGCCAUGUUUUCCUGUCUUACACGCAGGUCGUUGGCUGCUGGACCACCAGGUUUCACGGAAACAUGUGACCCGCAGCCAACUGUGCCGACUCAAGCCGGUGCUUCUGCUGGAGAUACCCUCAACCCUUCGCUGCUGCGGCCAAUUAUUGGCAAUGACACAGCUCACACUAUGCCACGAUCUGCCACGACCAACUUGUAAAAGAGACUUCAAAAAAAGGGCAAUAAAACAUUGCAAGAUAGUGUGUAUUAUCAAUGUGAUAUUCUAGAAUGGAGGUCUGUAAGCCUAAAAUAAAAAUGUUAAGUAUUACUAUUAAAUUUGCAAU